UUUUAUUAAGUAAUAAUUGCCCAUCGCUAACACAAGCGAGCGACGCCAUUUUGUUAAGCUUUGAGAUUGCUCGUGGAUCUUUCUUCUUAUAUAUUUAUAUUGCAAGUUUUUACGUCGUGCUUGUAAGCUACGUGUGAUUAAAUAUAAAUAAUUAUUUCAUUUUGUGUGGUUUUGUGAAAUUCGUCAAGCUGACAUCGGAAACUAAAAUGCCGGGCGCCGGUACUUUCAAAAUCUUCGUCGGGAAUCUUUCCGAUAAAACGACGGACGCCGAUCUUAGACCGCUAUUCGAAAAAUACGGUACGGUCGUAGAAUGCGAUAUCGUCAGAAAUUACGGUUUCGUGCACAUGGAAAACGAGCAAGUCGGCCGCGAAGCCAUUCAGAACCUAAACGGAGAGAUAGUUCAUGGUCAACCGAUCAAAAUCGAAGCGGCGAAGAGUCGGAAGGCACCGUCGACGCCAACCACGAAAAUAUUCGUCGGUAACCUUACGGACAAGACGCGCGCGCCCGAGGUUCGCGAGCUGUUUCAGAAGUACGGCACGGUUGUCGAAUGCGAUAUCGUUCGUAAUUAUGGCUUCGUGCACUUGGACGCGACGGGUGACGUGAACGAGGCUAUCAAAGAACUGAACGGUAUGAUGGUGGACGGACAGCCCAUGAAGGUGCAGUUGUCGACGAGUCGCGUACGCCAGCGUCCGGGCAUGGGCGACCCCGAGCAGUGCUACCGCUGCGGACGCGGUGGGCACUGGUCUAAGGAGUGCCCGAAGGCAAUGGGCCCUGACCGCAACGGUUUCCGCGAUCGAGCGUUUGGCCGCGAUCCCUACCCCCCGCCGCCGCCGCCGCCGUUCCUCCGCGAUCGCAUGAUGGGAGGAUUUGGGGAUCCAUACGAUGGAUAUUAUGACCGAGCACGGUUCGACUCUCCGAGAGACCUGUUCGAAAGACGCUACCCUGUGGGGGCUUCCCGGGGGCUAGACAUGGGCGGAUCGAGAGGCGCGCGUGGGGACUUCGUGUCGCCGCCGCUACGCCGUGAGCCGAUGCCGCCAAUGCCGAGCCUGCCUCCGAUGCGCAGCGGAAUGGGAGCCAUGAGGUCGUCGUAUGAUGCUAUGUACAGCCGCAGAAGUCCCCCGCGAGGACCUCAGAUGUCCCGCGGAAUGUAUGAAGAUUUCAGUCGUGACACCUUUGAUGACCGGAGGCCUGGAAUGCGUGGACCCUCUCCAUCCAGAAGAUACGCGCCUUAUUAAGACUUAAAUUAGUUUCAUAGAUGUUGUACAACACUUGUUGCAACUAUUGUCAGUCAUUACAUACAUAGCUUGUGUGACUGACAAUCGGAUAUAUAUAGACUAUAUUACUGUAAGGUGGUCAAGGAAUGACUGAAAUUGUAUUAUAAUUUCUAAUGUUUAGUGUAUUGUGGAUGAAUGUGUUCGAGUUUUUCCUGAUGGAUUGUAAAUAAGUGAAAUAAAUCUCAUUUUA